AUGGGUGGGAACAAGGGCAAGGCCCGCCAGCGUCCUUCGAGACCCGGGCGGCCGGCCUCGGAGGAGCAGGAGUCCGGGUCGGCCAGUGCAGACGGCGCUCCCAGCAGGGGACGCCGCCCGGGCCGCAGCAAGACCCGCCAGGCGAGAGCCCCCAAGGAGCCCGCCCCCGCGGGGGGCCACAGGACGCCCCCGGAGGAGGGGGACGGCAGCUGCGGGCGGCCAGCGGGUGGGCCGCCCCCAGAAGCGCAGGACAGGCGAGGCGGCGGGCAGCGGGGUCGCGGGCCAGGGGAGAGCCGCGGGGGGCGCCAGGAGGUGGAGGUGGAGGAAGAGGAGGAAGAUGGCCUUGCCCGAGGAGCGCCGCGGAGAGGCAAGCGCGGCCGCCGCAGGAGGAAAGGCACCGGGCGGGGACCCUCUGCCCGUCGGUGCCGCCCGGAGACCCGGAGCCUGGAUGGGCACACGUCAGGCGGGGACGCGGGCAGCUCCUGCCCGGACAGCGGCAGCCAGGGAGGCAGGGCCUCGGAGCGGCGGCCUGGGUCGGAGCCGACGGACUCGGGCUCCGAGGGGGCCCAGCUUGGGCGGGGGUCAGGGCCGGAGCCGGGCCAGCGCCCGGGCAGCGAUGAGCAGAGCGGCGGGAAGGGACGGCCGCGGGCGGGACCCCAGCGAGCGAGCGGGGAUUCCGGGACAGGCACCGACUCCAGCCAGGACGGGGCCGCCCCGGGACCUCCGAGCCCGGCCUCUGAGGCCCAGGAGGCCGCCAGCUCCCCGGAGGGCAGCGGCGGGUGCGUCCCCAGCGCCUCGCGGGCCCCUGGGGCCCCUGGGCCGGCGCAAGACCCCAGCGAGGACGGGGCGCAGCCCGAGACGGGGCCACGGGACCCCGAGCCGGCAGGAGCCGAGGAUCCGACGGCCGGGGCGCAGCACCGCCGGGAGGGCCAGGAGGUGGCGGCGGCGCCAGCGGCGGAGGGCGAGCCCCAGGCGGGCGCUGCGCGAGGGGUCCGGCCGGGGGUCGCAGCGCCGCUGGCCGCCGUCGCGGUGCUCCGCAGGCUCCGCGCCAGGUCCCCGCCCAGCCCCGCUCCCCAGGCCGCGGGUCCGCGCCGCGCCAGCCUCAAGGAGCGGGUGCUGCGCGUGGUGCGAGCUCUGGGCCUCGUGCGGUGGCUGCGGCGACGACUCCCGCGGGCCCCGGGCGAGGGUCCGGGGCCGCAGCGGCCGCCGGGCGAGGGGCGGAGCCGCGGGCCGGGGCUGCGGCGCCGUCUGGCUCUGCGCCUGGCGGGUCUCACGCGGCUGGGGGCGGCGCCCCGGACGCCCCCCGGCGGCGGCUCGAGCCCCCCACAGGAGGCCCACGGCGAGGACCCGACUCCGGACCCCAAGUUCGCUGUGGUGUUCCCCAGAAUCCACGGGGCGGGGGAGGCGACGAGCAGCCGGAGCUGCCAAGAAGCGCCCGGGGUCGCCGACCGCGGGCAGGACUGGCCGUCUGCAGGGGCUGCGGGGGACAGUGGGGAGGGGGCGACUGGCCCCCGCCGCGACUCUCUCCUCGCCUCGACUCCCCGCAGCGGGUGCCCCGUCGACGCGGGCGGCGCCCCCGGCGAGACUGCGGUGCACUGGGCGCGGGGCGCGGGGCCCCGCCAGGACCCCGGACUCGGCCCCGAGCCGCUGCUGCCCCGGCUCACGUUGGAGACGCGCCGGCGCGGGGAGAGGAGCGCGGGGUCCCGCGGGCCGCCCAGGGGGCGGUGGGAGCCGGAGGACGAGGCCGAGGCGGCGCUGGAGGGCAGCCUGGAGUUGAGCCUCGGGCAGGGCCCGGAGGGCCUGGAGGACACCGAGGACCUGGCCCGGCUCCGGCUGGUGUGCGACAGCUCCGUGCUGCUGUGCCUCAAGAAGAGGUUCCACCUGGGCCGCAUCUACACCUUUGGGGGGCCCCUUCUGCUCGCUCUGAACCCCCGCCGUCCCCUGCCUCUCUUCUCACCUGAGGUCCUGGCCAGCUACCACCCCAGGAAGACACCCAACACUGCCCCACACAUCUUUGCCGUGGCGGCAGCAGCCUACCGCCUGUCCCAGAACCCUGGCCGGUACCCCUGCAUCCUCCUGGUGUCUCCCCCCUGCAGGGGGCACAGCGGCUCAGGAAAGACAGAAGCCGCCAAGAAGAUGGUGCAGUUCCUAAGCGGCCUGGGGCAGGAGCAGAGGAGGGACAGGGCGUCCCAGCUAAGCGAGGUGCUUCCCGUGCUCGGCAGCUUCGGCCACGCCAAGACCGUCCUCAACGCCAACGCCAGCCGCUUCGGCCAAGUCUUACGCCUCUGCCUGUGGGACGGGGUCGUCGUGGGCGCCUCUGUGUCACACUAUCUGCUCGAGACCUCCCGGGUGGUGUUUCAGGCCCAGGCCGAGCGGAGCUUCCAUGUGUUCUAUGAGCUGCUGGCAGGGCUGGACCCCACGGCCCGGGAGCAGCUUUCCCUGCAGGCACCGGAAGCCUACUACUUCCUCAACCAGGGCCGGGUGUGCAGGCUUCGGGGCAAGGAGGACGCCCAGGACUUCACAGCGCUGGCCAGGGCCCUGCAGCUUUUGGGCUUGAGCCCCGAGGAGCUGGCCGCUGUCUGGGCCGUGCUGGCCGCCACCCUGCACCUGGGCAACAUCUGUUUCUGCUCUUCCGAGAGGGAGUCCCAGGAGGUGGCCGCUGUGGCCAGCUGGGCCGAGAUCCACACAGCAGCCCGGCUACUGCAGGUGCCGCCAGAGCACCUGGAGGGGGCUGUCACCAGGAGGGUCGUGGAAACAGCCUACGGCCAGGUCUCAAGAUCCCUGCCCGUGGAAAGCGCCAUGGAUGCCAGGGAUGCCCUGGCCAAGGACCUGUACUCGCGGCUCUUCCGCUGGCUCCUGCGGAGGGCGAAUGUGUGGCUGGCAGCCCCCGGGGACAGAGGCCACCUGCGCACCAUCACUGUCGUGGACGCCUAUGGCUUUGAGGCCCUGCGGGUGAAUGGCCUGGAACAACUGUGCAACAACCUCGCCAGUGAGCGCCUGCAGCUCUUCUCCAGCCAGAAGCUGCUGGCCCAGGAGGAGGAGGAGUGUCAGCGGGAGCUGCUGCCGUGGGUGCCCAUCGCUCAGCCACCAAGGGAGUCCUGCCUGGACCUGCUGGUGGGCCAGCCCCACAGCCUCCUGACUGUCCUGGACAACCAGACGUGGCUGUCCCAGGCCACGGACCACACCUUCCUCCAGAAGUGCCACUACCACCACAGCAGUCACCCUGGCUACGCCAAGCCCCAGCUGCCCCUGCCCGUCUUCACCGUGCGCCAUCACGCCGGGAAUGUCACCUACCAGGUUCACAAGUUUCUACACAGAAACCGGGAUCACCUGGACCCGGCCGUGGGGGACGUCCUUGCCCGCAGCCAGCUGCAGCUGGUGGGCAGCCUCUUCCAGGAAGUAGAGCCCCAGGCGGAGGGCAGAGCAGGCAAACCCACGCUGGCCUCCCGUUUCCGCCAGUCCCUGGGGACCCUGCUGGCUGAACUGGGCAGGAGCCACAUCUAUGUUGUCCAGUGCCUCGACCCCAACCCCGGAAAGAUCCCGGGCCUCUUUGAUGUGUGCCAUGUGGCUGAGCAGCUGCACCAGGCGGCCGUCCUGGAGGCCAUGGGCACCCGCAGCGCCCACUUCCCUGUACGGGUGCCCUUCCAGGUCUUCCUGGCCAGGUUCCGGGCCCUGGGGCCCUGGGGGCAGGAAGAAGCCCCUGACCGGAAGAGGUGUGGCACCAUCCUGAGCCAGGUGCUGGGGGCCGAGUCCCCGCUCUGUCACCUCGGAGCCACCCAGGUUCUGCUGCGGGAGGAGGGCUGGCAGCGGCUGGAGCGUCUCAGGACCCAGCGGCGCUCCCAGGCCCUGCUCGCCCUGCGCUGCAGACUCCGUGCCUGCGCCUCCCGCCAGCGGCUCCGCCUCCUGCUCCGGAUGCAGGCUCGCGUGCGUGGGCUCCAGGCCAGGAAGCGCUACCUGCGGCGGCGUGCAGCCCUGGGACGCCUGCACACCCUCUUGCUGGUGGCCCGGCCCCUGCUCUGGAGACGCCAGAGACUGCAGCUUGGACACUGGAGUGGCCGGCACGGCGGCCAGGACUCUGGGGAAAUGCCGAGCGAGGAGCUAGGGCGGCUGGAGAUCCCGGCUGAGCUGGCCGCCACCCUGAAGACAGCGAAAGGCCACCUGGCCGGCCUGGCCGGGAGCAUCACGGAGUGCCUGCCGCCUGAAGUCCCUGCCCGGCCCCGCCUGGCCCUCCCGCCGGACAUCGACCAGUUCCCCUUCUCCAGCUUCAUCGCCACCAGCUUUCAGGAGCCGUCCCUGCCCAGCCCAGGGCAGCCACUGGCCAGGCCCCUGACCCGCCUAGAUGCGGAGAAUUUUGAGCCCGCCCUGGACAUCAACAGGGUGAUGCUGCGGCUGCUGGCGGACGGAUCCCUGCCCCCCUGGCAGGAGCAGGCCAUGGGCUUGUACCUGGUGCGGCGGGGCCAGCGCUGCCCAGGGCUCCGGGACGAGCUCUUCAGCCAGCUGGUGGCCCAGCUCUGGCACAACCCAGACGAGCAGCAAAGCCAGCGAGGCUGGGCCCUCAUGGCUGUCCUGCUCAGUGCCUUCCCCCCCACGCCUGCCCUGCAGAAACCGCUGCUCAAGUUCGUGUCUGACCAGGCCCCCCAGGGCAUGGCGGCGCUGUGUCAGCACAAGCUGCUGGGGGCCCUGGAGCAGACGCCGCUGGCCCCCGGGGCCGCACGGGCCCAUCCCCCUACCCAGCUCGAGUGGACGGCCGGAUGGCGGCGGGGCCGCAUGGCGCUGGACGUAUUCACCUUCAGCGAGGAGAGCUACUCAGCCGAGGUGGAGUCCUGGACCACAGGAGAGCAACUGGCCGGGUGGAUCCUGCAGAGCAGAGGCCUGGAGGCGCCCCCUCGUGGCUGGUCUGUGUCACUGCACUCCGGGGACACCUGGCAGGACCUGGCCGGCUGCGACAUUGUGCUGGACCUCAUCGGCCAGACCGAGGACCUGGGGGACCCAGCAGAACCCCAAGGCUACCCCAUCACCCCCCUUGGCCUAGCCGAGGACAUCCCCCCCGCCCCUGGUGUCCAGGCCCCCACACUGCCCCCAGGCCUCCCUCCAGGUCCAGCUCCAACACUGCCUGGCGCGGGACACGCAGGGGAGGCCCGGACGCUGGGGAGCCUGGAGGGCUUCCUGGACCACCUCUUCGAGCCGGUCUUCUCCCCGGGAGGCAGUGACCUGGAGCGAGGCUGGGCUCUGAGCGGCCGCAUGAAGGGAGGGGGUGGCAUCGGGACCCCGCAGCAAGCCUACCCCUUCGUGUACCCAGGGGUGGUGCAGAUGCCCGGGUACCAGCCGGCCAUGAUACCUGCACCCUUGUCCAUGAUGCCAGCGAUGGGCACAGUCCCCACCAUGCCAGCCAUGAUGGUGCCGCCGCAGCCGCAGCCGCUGCUCCCCAGCCUGGACACGAGGCAGCUGGCGCAGCAGCAGCAGAACUUCAUCAACCAGCAGGCGAUGCUCCUGGCCCAGCAGAUGACCACGCAGGCCAUGAGCCUGUCCCUGGAGCAGCAGGCCCAGCAGCGCCAGCGCCAGGCGCAGGCCUCCAGGGAUGCCUCCCAGGACCCACCCCCAGCCGUCACCCCAAAGCCCAAGAAGCCCCCUACUCCCCGGGUGGAGCCAAAGCGGGAUCCGGAGCCCGUGGGUGCCAGCUUGAGGGACGAGGACUCGGAAGACUCCCCGGAUGGGCCCCUGUACCCCAAGAGCUUCCAGCAGAAACGGGACUACUUCCAGAAGAUGGGGCAGCAGCAAAUCACGGUGAAAACCAUGAAGCCUCCAGCCAAGAUCCGGAUCCCACAGCAGGAGGAGGAGGAGGAAGGGGAGGAGGAGGAGGAAGGGGAGGAGGAGGAGGAGAAAGAAGAGAACACGGGAGCAGUGCCGGCCCCUCCUCCUCCCCCAGGAGGGAAGAAGCCCCUACAACAAGGCAGGGACAAAGCCGCCAACGAGGCUGCGCCAGAGCCAGAGGAGGCAGGGCCGGCCCAGGGCAGGAGGCCCACGGUGCGCAACUUGAACGGCACAUCCCAGCGGCCAGAACCUAGCAGGGAAAUCCGCAACAUUAUCCGGAUGUACCAGAGCCGCCCGGGGCCGGUGCCUGUGCCCGUACAGCCGUCCAGGACCCCCAAAGCCUUCUGGAAGAAAAAUGACCCCAAGGAUGAGGCUCUGGCCAAACUGGGGAUCAACGGUACCCACUCCCCCCCCUCGACGCUGUCCCCCAGCCUAGGGAAGGCGCCCCCACCGGCUGUGGCUCCACGGCCCAAGGAUGCCCCACGACCCGGGCCCUCCAGCUCCAUCCGGAAGAAGCAGGAGCCCCUUCGGGACCUGUUCACCCAUACCCCGCCCGCUGCCCAGGCACUCCCUCCUCCACCAGCACCCCCCUUGCCUCCACCUGUGGACCCCGAGACCCCUGCGGCAGAGCCUCAUGACUUGCCGGAGCCCAUGAGGGACCAGGGGUUCUCCACCCAGCUGCUGGUGCCUUCCGGCAGCGUGUGCUUCUCCUAUGCCAGCGCCCCCUGGAGGCUGUUCCUGCGCAAGGAGGUGUUUUACCCCCGGGAGGCCUUCAGCCACCCCUAUGGCCUCAAACUCCUCUGUGAGCAGAUCCUGCGGGACACCUUUGCUGAAUCCUGCACCCGGAUCUCCCAGGAGGAGCGGUCCAAGAUGAAAGACCUGCUGGGACACUUGGAGGUGGGUCUGGACUCCCUCGGCACCGUAGAAGACAGCGUCAGGAAGCGCAUCGUGGUGGCCGCCCGGGACAACUGGGCCAAUUACUUCUCCCGCAUCUUCCCCGUCUCGGGUGGGAGUGGCAGCGACGUGCAGCUGCUGGGCGUGUCCCACCGGGGGCUGAGGCUGCUCAAAGUGACCCAAGGCCCCAGCUUCCACCUGGACCAGCUGAAGGCACUCUGCUCCUACAGCUUUGCCGAGGUGCUGGGCGUGGAGUGCCGGGGCAGCUCCACCCUGGAGCUGUCGCUGAAGAGUGAGCAGCUGGUGCUGCACUCGGCCCGGGCCAAGGCCAUCAAGGCCAUGGUGGAGCUAUUCCUGAGUGAGCUCAAAAAGGACUCUGGCUAUGUCGUCGCCCUGCGCAGCUACAUCACGGAUGACAGCAGCCUGCUCAGCUUCCAGCGCGGGGACCUCAUCAAGCUGUUGCCGGUGGCCACUCUGGAGCCGGGCUGGCAGUUUGGCUCCGCCAAGGGCCGUUCUGGGCUUUUCCCUGCCGACCUGGUGCAGCCGGCUGCGGCGCCUGACUUCUCCUUCUCGGAGCAGGGGAGCAGCCGCUGGCGCAAGAGCCAGCUGCAGCUGGGGGAGCCGGGGCUGGCGCAGUGGAGCAGGGUCUCGGAGCGCCCUGCACAUCGCCGGAGCCAGGCAUUCAGCGACGACUCGGAGGCCACCAGCCUGCCCUCCUCUGUGGCCUAUUCUUCCCUGUCCACUGACCCCCACAACUACACCAUGCAGGAAUUCGCCCUGCGUUACUUCCGGAAGCCGCAGACCCCGCUGGACCUGACAGGUGAGGGGAAGGCCAUCGCCAGCCUGGUGCAGUACACCAAGGUGCCCAUCCAGGAGUCACUCAUCAGCUUUAAGGACGAGGACACGAGCAGACAAGCCGUGGCAAGCUUCCAGGCUCUGAUGCAGUUUAUGGGGGACCAGUCUAAGCGCCGGGGCAAGGACGCGACGAACCUGCUCUAUGAGCUGCUGAAGUUGUCCAGUGAGGAGAACCUCCGCGAUGAGAUUUACUGCCAGGCCAUCAAGCAGGUCACAGGACACCCCCGGCCGGAGCGUUGCGCGCGAGGCUGGAGCUUCCUCAGCCUCCUCACGGGCUUCUUCCCCCCGUCCACCACGCUGAUGCCCUACGUGACCAAGUUCCUGCAGGAUUCGGGCCCUGGCCAAGAGCUGGCCCGGAGCAGCCAGGAGAACCUCCAGCGCACAGUCAAGUACGGCGGCCGCCGGCGCCUGCCCCCUCCCAGCGAAAUGAAGGCUUUCCUGAAGGGACAGGUGGCCCGCCUGCUUCUCAUUCACCUGCCUGGGAACGUGGAUUACAAGACGAACAUUGAGACGUUCACGGUGGCAGGAGAAGUGCUGGAGGAGCUGUGCGGGCGGAUGGGCGUCAGUGACCCCCAGGAAGUGCAGGAAUUUGCCCUCUUCCUCAUCAAAGGGGAAGGUGAGCUGGUGCGGCCCCUGUGGCCCCACGAGUACCUCAACAGCGUGCUGGUACACCAGAAUGUGAGCCUGCACAGCCGGCGGCUCUGCUGGGAGACCCCGCUGCACUUCGAUAACUCCACCUACAUCAGCACCCACUUCGGCCAGGUGCUGCGGGACUACCUCCAGGGGAAACUGAUGGUCAGCACCCAGGCGGACGCCCAGCUGGCCAGGCUGGCUGCCCUCCAGCACCUUGGCAAGGCUGACAAGAACCCCCCGUCAGAGCAGGAACUGCUGACCUACAUCCCGAAGCUGCUGCACUGGCAGGUGGACGUGGCCACCGUGAGGCGUCUGAUGGGGCAGGAGCUGCGGAAGCUGCAAGGACACAGCUCGCAGGAAGCCCAGAUCAGCUUCAUCAAGGCCACGAGCCAGCUGCCCCUCUUUGGCUACACUGUCUACGUGGUGCUGCGGGUGAGCAACCUGGCCUUCCCCGGACCUGCCCUUCUGGCGCUCAACCGCCAGCACCUCCUCCUGCUGGACCCGGGCUCCCAGAAAACGUGUGGCUCCAUCGACCUGAAGGACCUGCAGCAGCUACACCUGCUGAGCCCACUGGAGCCGGGGGGCCCUCCCGGUCUGGAGAUCAACUACGGCUCGGCUGACAGCCCUCAGUCCAUGUGGCUGGAGCUGCCGCAGGCCCAGGAGCUGAUGUACACCAUCGUCUUCCUGCUGGACAGCAGCAUGUCUGUGGCCCAGUGGCCCGGCCUCCACUGAGGGUGGGGCGUGGGGAGACGGAGAAGAGGCUGUCCGCGGCCCGAGUCCCCCAGGUCAUUCUGCUUGGAUUUCACACUCGGCUGUGUUCUGGAAUCCAGCAGGCCUAAGUGGAGACCGCUAGGUGAGGGCUGUUAGACUGACGUUGGCUGGCAGACAGAGAGAGGAGCCAGACUCCCCUGGGAGUGGGCUCUAGGUCUGGGAGAUGCCCACCCAGGCUCCCAGGGAGCAGGAGCCCAGGUCUGGGGCACGCAGCUGCUGAGGAAAUAAAACGCU